AUGUCCCUCUCACCCACAAAGCAGAGUGACCACGAGCGGCAGGUUCAAGUGAGGAAGCCAUUUACCGACGACCAUAACUCGAUUCUCACCGGUGAACAGUACCUCGUAAGACAACCGGUCGCAAUCUACCUCGGAUAUUCAAUCAUGGCUACCACCGCUCCCAUCGUCGAGAAAGACGCUCCGCUCAAGGCGGUCCAGCUUGAGGCGCUGGUCGUCAUGAAAGUCAUCAAGCAUUGCGCCAGCCGCUUCCCCACCACCGCGACCGGCAGUCUCGUUGGCAUGGACAUCAACGGCACCCUCGAAAUCACCAAUACCUUCCCUUUCCCAGUCGUCGAUCUUCCUCCCGAGGCGCAAUAUGAGCAACAGCACUUCAAUAGUGCGGCCGCGGCUCCACGGGCAAAAUCCAACACUGCAUACCAGACCGAGAUGAUCAGAAUGUUGCGUGAGGUCAAUGUGGAUGCCAACAACGUGGGCUGGUACACAAGCGCAAACUUGGGUAACUUUGUCAACGCAAACUUCAUCGAGAACCAGUAUCACUAUCAGAAGGAGUUGAACGAGAGAACUGUUGCGCUUGUCCAUGAUGUCAGCCGAAGCUCUCAGGGAAUUCUCAGCAUCAAGGCUUUCAGACUUUCUCCUCAGUUCAUGACUGCCUACAAGGAAAACAAGUUCACCACCGAGAACCUUCUCAAGUCCGGCCUGAAAUACACCGACAUCCUGGUCGAAAUCCCGGUCACCGUCCAUAACUCUCAUCUUGUCAAUACCUUCCUUCACCAAGUCCCGCGCAUGCUCGCCUCUGGUGCCAUGAAGCCCCCAACCUCUGUCGAUGAGAUUGAGAACAACCCAGUGGUGAAGAACGACACUCUUGCUCCAACCUUUGAAUCAUUGUCCAUCAACAUCGACCCAUAUCUCUCCCAGACCGCCGACAACCUUCUUGACUCGAUUGAGACUCACCACGUCGAAUCCAACAACUUCUCCUACUACCAGCGAGCUUUGGCUAGGGAACAGGCGAAGAUCCAGCAAUGGCAAGCGAAGCGAAAGGCCGAGAACGCAGCUCGUGCACUUUCCAAGCAGGCACCGUUGCCGGAGGAUGAAUGGCAGAAACUCUUCAAGUUGCCGACGGAGCCAAGUCGCUUGGAGAGCAUGUUGAACAGUCGCCAGGUGGAGCAGUAUGCACGACAGGUGGAUGGAUUCGUUGCAGCCACAUCUGGCAAGAUGUUCUCGGUCCGUGGCAAUCUUCUUCCCGGUGACGGAAAGGAGGAGUGA